AUAAAACACAAUGCGUUUGGUUUUAAUUUCAGCACCAACGAGGCUUAUUCGGCAGGUUUGGCGGUGACGCCUGUGAGUGAAAGCGGUGCAGCCCGCAAAAUAAAACAAACGCAUCCUUCUCAGAGUGCUGUAGCAGGCGGACGUUGACGGGCGGGGUUUAUGACGUGAUAUUUUUUCCCGGGAAUAUUUGGGGCGCGUUCAAAUCCGUUUCACUGCCUCCUUUUUAAAGACUCGCCUUACUGAAAGGAUACUGUUGGCUUUUGCUACGUGGUUUUCUUCCUUCACUUACUUUCACUUUCUUUCACUACAGUAUAAACCACCUCCGAGUCCACAUUUCCAAAUUAAAUGUGGCCUAGAAGAUGUAAAUGAUUAAUUGUGCUUUCUUUAUAUUUUAAUCCCUCUUCUCUUUUUCUGUCAAAUGUCAAAAUAUUUUAAUGACUUAGCUUGAACUUGGGAGCAGUUACAUACAUUUAUGCUAUCAAGUGAUUCAGGAUGACUAGCUAACCCUGCAUCAUUUAAACCCACAUUUAACCGUAGUUUAUAUCUUUCUAUAUAUCUUAGUAGGAGCAAGGCUGGAUUACCAACCGGGCAAAUUGCCCAGGGUCCCUGAGAGCACAGCUUUACUCCAUAUUAUUUGGGUCUACAUCAUUUUACUAAUCACAAAUUUGUUAGAAAUUUGAACCACUGAACAACAAUAUCAACUCUGACAGGUCCUCCAUCUUCCAUCUUGUGCUUGUGGUCUUGAGGAGGGACUCAAUAUCUAAGACCUGAAUUGUUUUAGUUUAUAUCAUGUUUGUUUGCUGUUAAGUUGUGUUAUAAUGUAUAAAAUAUAAGAAAAUAGUGAAAAAUGACUAAUUCAGGUGACUUGUUUUGUCUGUCAGUCAAAAACCCAAAGAUGUAAAGAUACAAUCUGUUCACCCAUUGGCAAUAGAAAGCGAUUAAUACAUGUAAAUAGCUUCACAGUUCUUACAUAUUGCAUGAUACACAAGUUUAAAGAAAUAAAGUUUAAAGAAAGAAAAGGAAGAUGUAGUGAAGAUGUGUCUGUGGAUUUCGGUCCACAUUUGGUCCAUUUUGGUCCACACACACUUCAUGGCAGGCAUCUGUAUGAAGCUGAGAGAUUUUGAGAUUAGAGCGGAAAUGUUGAAAUGUUAUCGCAUGAAGCAGCAUAUGAACUGUGCAUGAUUAUCUUCUAAUCAUCUUGCAGACUCUUAGACAGCUUAUAAAAAGGAAGUCUUCUGGUCUCUUUGUUUUUUUGAGUGGCAUUCAACCAUUAAACCCAAAAACCCUCUUUGUCUCGCUCUCAGUUUGUCACUUUGACCCUUCACGACACUUUUUAGCCAACUUCUUGAGGAUAUUUCUGCAGCAGGAAUGGAAGAGGCUGACGUCCAGUAUCACUCUGUGUCUGUGGCAGACGGCCAUGUCACCAUCUCUCCGGUGCCACAAAGAUCAAACAAGGUGCGACGGUGUUUCAGAGCAGCACGAACCCCGCUCUUUAUACUGGUGGGCUUGGCACUGUUUGGCCUCACCAUAGAGGCCUAUUUCAUCAACCUUCUCUACCAUCUCCUGCCUGAUAUUUCUGCAGCAGGAAUGGAAGAGGCUGACGUCCAGUAUCACUCUGUGUCUGUGGCAGACGGCCAUGUCACCAUCUCAAGAUCAAACAAGUUGCGACAGUGUUUCAGAGCAGCACGAACCCCGCUCUUCAUACUGGUGGGCUUGGCACUGUUUGGCCUCACCAUAGAGGCCUAUUUCAUCAACCGUCUCUACCAUCUCCUGCCUGCUGUUUCAACACAGACCCCCAACACCACACCAGGACAAGAUGGACCCAAUCUGAAUCUGUCCUGCAAACCAUUUGCACAUGUGGUAGCUGAUGUACAUAAUGGUGGUUGGCCGACUGACAGCUGUGGGAUGGACUACAAAGAUGGGAGGCUUAUAGUCCAAAAGGAGGGACGUUACUAUGUUUAUUCAAAGGUUUCCCUCAGAGACAGCAGCGUGAUUCAGCACUCUGUUGAGCUCAGCACUCCUCAGUAUCCUAAAAACCUAACCCUCAUGAAGUCAACAAAAUACUCACAGACAACACACGAAGAAGACGUAUCAAACAGUUACCUGGGUGGAGUGUUUCACCUGUGUCAAGGCUGUUACUUUUUUGUGAAAGUGAACUACAUGCAAAAUUUGCAAAAAAAUUCAUAUAACAAUUUCUUUGGUGCAUUCAUGAUCUAAAUAGAUUUAGAUAUAGGAAGGUUUAAUGCUUCAUGAGGAGGACGAGAUACAUUUUAAUCAGUCAAAAAGACCGGCUGGUUUGAAUCCUUCCUCCACCAUCAUCAUCACCUGCUGCUUCAUCAAAACUUUCAGGUGCCAAUUUUCAUCCAGUAAAAAUGUGUAUUUAAAAUUGUUGUGCAUUAAGAAUUAAUGUAAAUGACUUAUGUAGUUAUACUCUCAUCACAAUCAUAAUUGUGGUAACUUACAUUUAGGUAAGAUGUUGCAUUUAAUACCAAAGAAUUCAGCAUGUAUAUUUUGGUUUUUGCAUUAUGUUUAAAUCAACUUUGAAUCAAUGAGGUAAAAUUUUAGAAUAUUAUGUUUAGUUUUAUAAGUCUGUUUGUAUUGACAUUCGAAAUUAAUAUUUUACAGAAAACCCAAAAUUCCUUUUAGAAUUAAAUCAUACAAGAACUAAAAAACACAAUAAUAGUCUUUAUAUAUCAAAACUCACGUUUCAAGACAGCAUAAAUUAUAAAACCAUCAGAUUUGAUAAUAAUACAUAAAACCAACUUCUGUAAAGCAACUUCUAAAAAAGAAAACUAAAAAAAACAAAUAAACAACAGCUGAAUUAAAAUAAAAUAAGGGGGAAAAAAACGUCCUAAGAAGAGAUUUAAAAGAGAGAAAAUCAGUUACUGCGGCUGUUUUUGUUUUCAUGAUGCAUCCGUAUGUAUUAAACUUUCUGCGGCAGUAAAAGUAUAUAAAAAUGUAUAAAAUAUUA